AUGGAAAACAGACCUGCGCCUCACAUUGUCUCAGAACAGUCAGAAGAGGAGCGGCUUGCCCGCUUCCUAAAAUGUGCCAGCAUCGCAGACAAGCACGUUGACCAAGAGGCCGAGCUAGGAGAUGACAAUACCCUCGAUAUCACCGUUGAGUCGCACAUCUCCGCUCUUACAUUUCGCCACAUUGCUACCGCCACACCGAUGAUCGUUCUCGAAGCUGAAUUGCACCACUUUUGGCGCACCGCCAUCCUGGGCGCCAGCCACUGGAACCCGGAGAAUCGCAAGCAUGAUACGCUUAUCCGGCUGAUUCUGCAGGCCAGGGCCAGAGGAACGCUGACUAGGCCACUGUCGUCUGUUUCGGGUGGCCAAGAGCCUCUUUCCAGCAGCAAUCGUCGACACGUUCUUUUCUCAGACGGCAACAGCCUCUGGUCUGGUCUGCCCUUUCUAGGCACCGACUUGGUCCAAGUGUGGCUGGACCGGUUCUAUCAACUCGACUACGCAAAUCAUCAUAAUCAGCGUGUCAAUUUGUCUUGCUUUGUUGGACGCCUUCUCUCCGUGGGAAUAUACAAUGGUCCUGCAACAUGUCUCCUAUCCCUCUUCCGCGAGACACUAGAAACCGACAGAGCUUUGACAUCGGAUAAGGAAGUCUCCGUGAGCCACCUUAUCCACGCCCUUGCAGCUUUCAUACGGUACGCGAAAGAGAGUACCCUCAGCCUCAGCAACGGCUCCGAGGCCCCGGACGUAGGUACACUUCCACCGAGCGUGGCUAGUUUGGGCGAGCUCGCUCGUCAGUCGGGCACCAUCAAUGUUCCGGGAUUCAGCGUCGAGCGGUGGAAGUUUUGGAUGUCGAGGCUGGAGGAGCUUGUUAAUUGUGGAGAGGAAAGCGUGGCUACGGCUGCUGCAAACUGUCUCGGCUAUGUCGACUGUACUUCGUCCACCAUAUAUGGGCCGUUGGAGAACCACACUAUUGAUUGA